UUGGACCUGUGUUUUUUCCUGUUAUUGUUCAUUUAUAGAACUGUCUCCUGUCUCGACACUGUGGUCUGUUAACUUAGCCGUUUCCUAUUUUACAUCCUCCCAUACAUAAAUUAUGAUAUUCUGUUGCUGAUAAUGAAAGGCUCGCACAAAGGAGAUGUUUUCUUUUUUCUUAUAAUAAAGCCUCUAUUAUUAUUUCUGAAUUUGCUCCCUGAUAAGACAGCUAUUAUUUCGUUUCAGCGAAGUCUCUGCUCGUUUUGGUGCCUGAAUGUGAAAACGUACUUUAUAGAUUUCUCGAAGUGUGAAGCUGUGAUGUAAUGUGUGUGCAGGUAUAAAUAUAGAGGCAUGGCUGCAUAGCCUUCUUGCAGAUCAAUCUUGGUCAGACGCUGAAGUCAGUGCGCCUGUCGGUCUGGGAAUGAGCGCAACUUCCACACGCUCCUCUCUGCCGCGCCGCUUUUUAUUCUCCCUCUGUUGGAAAAACAAACGACCUGAGGCUGCUUUCAGAGCCGGAGCCGGAAUGGGCUCUGUGGCGGCCCUAGGGACCGUCCUGGUCCUGGUCCUGGUGACCGGACUGGCGGGAUGCGUCCCAGUGCUGAACGGGACGGCGGACCGCUUGGAGGCCCUCUACUCCCGGUCCCUGGCGCGAAUCCCGGGGGAGAAGGGGGGGGAGAUCAGCCGGGGCAGCGACUACCUCUUGGGAAUCAAACGGUUGCGACGCCUCUAUUGCAACGUGGGGAUCGGGUUUCAUAUUCAGGUGUUACCGGACGGUAGGAUAACGGGCGUACACAACGAAAAUCGUCACAGUCUUCUGCAGAUCUCUCCGGUGGAGAGAGGAGUAGUGACUCUGCUGGGUGUUCGCAGUGGACUCUUUGUGGCCAUGAGCCGGCGAGGAAAGCUAUAUGGAUCUUUACACUACAGCGACGAGUGCAAGUUCAGAGAGAAGCUCCUUGCCAACAAUUACAAUGCCUAUGAGUCAGUGGCCUAUCCAAGGAUGUACAUCGGUCUGAGUAAGAACGGCAAAACAAAAAGAGGAAACCGAGUGUCACCCGCCAUGACAGUGACACAUUUCUUGCCAAGAAUCUAGUGGCCUCAUAAAUAGACUUCACCUCAAUAUGGAGACAGGGGUAGGGGGGUUGACCAUGAUGCACUUUCGCUCACUAGCUUUAUACAAGUGUAUCAUAUUUAUCAUGUUCUUUUUUUAAUUUAUGUUUAAAAACAGUUUUGUAUUUUUUUUAGGCUGUCUUUUCACGGUGGGUGAGUGAGUAAGAUCCAAGAUGGUCAACACAUUAUUUAUGUUUUUUUUAUUAUUUGUCAGAUAUUUGCUGCUACUGAAUGAAAUCCUGCCUUCAGAUGUUGAUUUUUUUUUUUUUUUUGUUGCACUGAUGGGAAAAUACGCAGCAGUGCUUAUUAUUACUGUUAUUAUUAUCAUUAUUACUAUUAUUAUUAUCUUCACCAAACAGGACCUUUUUGUGUCUUAGCCUAAAAAACGAAAUGAAGUGCAAGUGUCUUUAAUGUGAGAAGUGCUACUGAUUGCCCAACACUUCAGCUCUUUUGUUUCACACUGGAGCCUAAUUGAAAUAGUAUCAUCUUACUGCUGGAGAGAGAGAGAGGUGGGGAGAGGAGGAGGGGGAAAACCCUCCCAUAAUCUCCACCAGUCUGUUUAUAGCUCUGCUAGGGGGGAGUGAACUCUGAACUUUUCUGCCAUCAAUCUCAGUGAGACCUAUAAGACUGCAGCUAGAGAGAGGCAUCUUCUUUGACAUUAUAUAAGAGGAGAAUUUGGGAGUUGAAAACCAAGGUCAACGUGCUGAAAUGCAACAGAGAAACCGUAGCCUUGACUAUCCAAUAGGACUAUUCUUUAUGUUGGGUUAUUUUGGAUUAUUCAGUAGAUGCUGGACUAUAAGAAAAAAGGCUGCCUACUGGGUCUGAAGCACGACAGCAGAGAUAGUCAGG